AUGGGGACGGCUGAGCUGCAUCGUCACGAUAGAUCGGAUCCGAAUUGCUGUGGAGGGCUGUGGGGAUCCAGCGGAGGACAAGUCUCCAACAGUUUCACAGGGGGUGUCACACUAGGCAAUACCAGACCAGGGCACAACGGCACUGCUCUAGUGGGACCGAAGUUCCGAACCCAAGAGGGCUCCGUAAAAGGGUUGGAGUUCUUGCAUAACUUUGAGAAGUCCCCAUGGUCUUGGCCAGAAAGGUUUCAACCUGCCCUGCUUGCCUCCAGACUCACUUGUCCCAGAAUUGUCAAAGCUAUAAGGGCUUCUAGUUACUCAUGCAAGAAUCAUUGCCAAUGA